AUGUUUAUCAGCUGUAUUGUACUUCGAUCCUUGCACCAUGCACUCUCUACGCUCAAAGCGAGAUAAGAUUUCGAUUGACUUAAUCGGUGAUCAAUUUACCGAGCGAUAUUUGUGCAAUUUGUUGCUUGGAACUGGAAAUUAUUAAUUGUUUAUUGCUCAACAUGUGAAAAGAAUUAGCUGAUUAGGGAUAAUCAGUUAUACAGUCAAUAAACAUUCGCUAAUGUCUAAUUCGGCCAUCUGAAUUAAUCGUUGAUUAAUUGUUUGAUGUGAAAGAGCGAGAACGAACGAGAGAGAGAGAGAGAGAGAGAGGAGCAGAAAGAAAACAUAGUAGAAUGAACAAUAAUGAUACGAGAUCAAUAUUUUUGUCGAAAGCGAGAGGUAGAACGUAGAACUCUCGUCGUCGACGUCCGUGAUGUUGGCAGCGCUUCCACGUAUAUCCAGAAUGUUAUGCCGCGCAGCAUCUAUCAACGGGGAUAAAUAAGGAUGCGGCGCCGUAUGGGAAAUCGGGGUUAGGUUUAAACGUCGUACGCUAGCCGAUCGGAGAUUUCGCACGUUCAAAAUGUUUAUCAAGCCGUUCAAAGUCAAGACCAAUUACCAGCUGAAAGGGACUGAAAGGAAAAAAUUAUGCGAGGAGAUAUUGGCGGCAUAUCCGAGUCUGUCGGACGAAGAGAUUCAGUCAUUGUUACCCAAGAAGGAAUCCAUCAGCAUUAUGAAAAUAUUAACACACAAUGGACAUGUAGGCAAAGUGUACUGCGUCGCCAAGAUACCUAUGUUCUUUCAACUGGAUUCGUACGACAUAGUGCUGUUUCCCACAAUUUAUACGCUAUGGCACCAUCCAUAUUUGUUAAACACUUUCACUACGCACACGCCAGUCAUAUCUAAAUUGGUAGGCGGUGCAGAUCUCAUGUUACCCGGAUUGAUUCUGAAGGAGCCGGUGACACUAUAUACCUUUGGUAAACUACGCAAGGGUACUCCAGUGUCGAUUAACACCGAAGAAAACAAGGCUGCAAUCGCUGUCGGCGUCACCGCGCUUUCCAGCGAGGACAUGUAUAUGGCAGCUGGACAUGGAAAGUGCGUAGAGGUUUUCCAUGUCAUCGGCGAUAUGCUGUGUCAAUUAGGCAAACCACCCCUGAGGCCUGAUUUGGGUUCACCGAACGUUGAAAGCCCCACAAAUACGUUGGAGGACAUCGAAUCAAUUAAUCAAGAAGAGAUCGUGGAUCAAACCGAAAAUCUGUCGGUUCAGUUGGAUGAAUUAAACGUCGGCGAGAAUUCAAGCGACAUAGUCAAGAACGAAGUCAUUUCUCAGGAGCAUAUAGAAGAAGAUGAAGAAACUGAAGAUGUACAAAUUUCAAACAUAGUUGAACCAGAAGUAGUUGACCCAGUCGAAGAGAUGGAUAAGCUACUGGAGUAUUGUUUCUUGAAAGCGUGCAAAAUGACGGUGAAGUCUAGCGAUCUGCCAAUGUUGUCGUCCAACUUCUUCAAAAAUCAUCUGUUGGUCGCUUGUCCGCCGGGUAAAAAUGUCGAUGUGAAGAAAUCUCGGUACAAAAAGCUAUCGGUUUUUCUAGCGGAAAUGAAGGCCAAGGGAAUAAUUAAUACAUCUAUCACAAAAGGUGUCGAAACAUUGCUUUCCAUUAAGUUCGAUCAUCCGCUUGUGAAGAAAUUAGUCGUUACCGAAGAACGACCAGUUGCGGCUGAACCAGUGGUUUCGAACAGCGCUGUCGUGUCGGAGUGUUAUCGAGUGACCGCCGACGUUCUGCCAGUUCUGUCAAAAUUCGGCUAUGAAAAGGGUGACGUAAUGAAAAGAGCCGAGAUCAGAAAGUGUUUUGCUGAGUACGUGAAAGCGGAGGAUCUGCAAAACGGAAAGACGUUAAAGCUGAAUCCUCAAUUGGCGGGAAUCAUGCGAACCAAGGCUCAUCAGGAGACGGUGACGAUGGAGGAUGGGAUAAACAAGUUUAUCGGACGCAUGACGCAUAUGCAUGAGGUUACCCUCGCGGGAAAUACUUUGUUGCACACGGGAAAACUAGAACCGAUCGACAUGAGAGUGACGGUGCGAUCGGGCGGGAAGAAGGUAACAUUGGUGAACAACCUGGAAACGUUCGGGAUUAAUCCGAAAGAAUUCAGUAAGGAGUGCCAGGGCAUCGGCGCGAGCGCGACAAUCACUGACGAUCCUGGCAAAAAGACGCCUAGUGUUCUUGUUCAGGGGAAUCAAAUUUUAUAUGUGUACAAAUUACUCACGGAAAAAUACCAGAUAAAAAAGAACUAUAUAAGAGGCUUAGAAUUCGCCCCGAAGAAGAAAAAAUAGAUAUUUUUAAUGUGAUUGUCAUCUGACUAAAACUCUGUGGUUAAAAUUUUUUUUCUUGAAACUUUGUCACAGAUAGAUAUUUGCGCGUACAAUUUCGACGGAACGGUUUCAAUCGUAAAUCAAGGAAUGCUGCCAUUUAUCGUGGAAACAUGUUUUCUAAUAGACUAAGGUAACUGGAGAAUUAACAUUUACCUUUUGCCAGAGAAAAUACGUUACAAGUGAUUAUCAAAUAAAAGCAACUUAGCAACAUACGAAUUUA